AAUGCUCAUAUCGUGCUAGGAAGUGGCAAGCCCAUUUCUCACCGUUCCACUGCUGCAAACACGGCUCUACACAUUCUUCCCAUCUCAGGCUCCUCAGAGAAGGCCUGCGUUAGCCAGUGUAGAGCCAUUGCAGAGUACCUGCGGAGCCGAUCUGAUGUUGAUCUAGAAGCGGUUGCUGCCACACUCCAACAGAGAAGGGAUCACUUCAAGUAUAGAGCUGCAUUCGCAGUAAGAUCAGUUCAAGAAGCAGUAUCGCAGCUGGAAGCCUUCAGUACCCCCAUUCACUCAACCCCACUGGACAACUCCAACAUAUGCUUUUUGUUCGCGCCACAAGGAGUUCAAUAUCCUAACAUGGAGAAGAUAACCAUGGAUUAUGGAGGGGUAUUCAAGAACGAGCUCGAACGACUAAUUGGCCUCGCGUCCAAACUUUUCCAAGUGGAUUUCAUGGAGAUAAUGUAUCCAACCACUAACACGGAUUCAGGCAUGAUUUUGGCAGCGAAGUACGCCCAAGUGGUUCUUUUCAUCAUUUCCAGGGCGGUGCUCGCCCAACUGGAUUCCUGGGGAAUCUCGUCGGAUUUCCUCAUAGGCCACAGUGUAGGCGAGUACGCGGCUGCUUGUUACAGCGGUAUUAUUGACGAAUUUUCUUGUAUGAAACUUCUAAAGGAACGAGGAGAACUUGUGAGCACAACAAAGGAAGCCAAAAUGCUUGCCGUGGUCGGAUUCAACGGGGCUCUCCCAGACGACAUUGAGGUUACCGCCCAUCUAUCGGAUACUAUGAAAUGUGUCGUGGGCCCGCCUGGCUCAAUCGAGGCUUUGAAAGAGAUGCUGUCGAAGAAAGGGAUUGCUUUCAAGGAACUUUCCACUGAUCAUGGAUUCCACUCCUCGAUGAUGGAUUGCAUCCAGAGAGACUUCGUCAAAGCCGCCAAGAAAAUCCCAUUCCGCAAAGGAACUAAGAAAAUCGUAUCCAACAUUAAUGGAGAGUCCCUUGGUGAUCUGUGGGCUUUGGGCUAUGACGUGGACUUUGGGAAGGUUUUUGGCAGCCGCAGUUUUGACCCAAACAUGCCGGUCUAUCAAUUCGAUCAAAUCAGCUGCUGGAGAGAAAGAAUCAUCAAGGAAACGACUGCUCGCUACUUCAAGGCAUCGUGGAGCCUUAUGACGAACACACAGCGGCAAAAUAUCAGCAUGGAUUGCUCCGUCUGCAAAAUCUACUCAGCAAAGCCCCUCGAGGCUUUUUCAUUCUCACCGGAAGAACUCACUGCAUACUCCCUUAUCGUCUACCUCCCAGAGACCGACCCUACUAACGAGAAGAAGACGUCUUGCCUGGCAACGCCUGGACACCUCCUUAACAAGACCUACGUGGAAGUAAGCCAAUCUGAAAAGGACAUGCAAUUGGGAGAAACUGUCGUUGUCAUUGGUGGAGGUGGAGCGAUUGGUUCAGCUUAUGUGGAUGUCCUGAGGAAAAGGCCUGACGUGCAGAACAUAGUGAUUGCCAGCCGGUAUCCAAAAGAGCGGGUUAUCCCAAAAGUGUCUUACGUCAGUAUGGACCUGGGUGACAGAACUUCCGUGGCCAGCGCACUUGAUGAAGUCCGACGCCGGUUUGCAGUGUUAGUAACCCUUCAAGGGGCUGACGACUACGCGGCUGCAAACCUAUUCCUGGACGCACUAGCUCUGAAAGGGCACACCAACGUGAACCGGAUACUUGCCGUUCAAUGGCCUUCCUGGAAAGACGCCGGGAUGGCGUCGACCUACAAAAACGAUGCUCUCAAGUCUAUCCUAUCUAAAGCCUCCAUUUCUACCGCCGUUGGGAGAAGGGUAAUCAGAGAGACAUUGGGAAUGAGUGGGAUCGUCACGUAUUCUCCACUUCCUCCGCCACAAAUGGCCAAAAUGGUGGAGGAGAUCCAGUUGAAGGGAAACGCCCGACAGUCGCCAAUGGCACGAGAGCAUCUUUCAUUAAUCGAUAAGGUGAUCUCAGUAUGGAACGAAAUCCUGUGCACUGAAAUCCAUGAGAAGUCGGAUUUCUUUGAUAAUGGAGGGAACUCCCUC